AUGGCUCUCUCAACUGCGGCCUCUUGGCUUGGCCUGCUGGUUCUGGUCCUGUUCAUAGGAGAAGGCACCUCGGCAGAUCAGUGGCUGCAGCGACAGCAACAGCAACAACAACCACUACCAUCCUAUCCCUAUCCAAGUACGCAAUGGAACCCAGACACGGGCGUUCACGGCGCCACCCUGGGCAGAGAUGCUUUCGUCAACGCCGUCGUGGCCAACAUGACAGUCGAGGAUCUGGUCUUACAGCUGCAUCUGACCUUUGGCGACGACAUCGUCGGGGUUGAGUCCAGGGACGAGCUCUAUGACUACACGAUGAGGUUCAGCCCAGCCUCCGCCGUCGGCCACAUGCACGACUGGUAUUCCCUCAACACCUCCCACUACAACGAGGUGCAGCAGCUCAACCUGGACAAGGCACGCCUCAAGGUGCCCUUUAUGCAUUUUGGCGAAUGCCUCCAUGCCGUCGGCUCCUUCAAGCAGUCCAUGUUUCCCCAGAGCCUCGGCCUCUCAGCAAGCUUCGACACGGAUCUCGUCUACCGCGUCGGACGCGCCAUCGGAACCGAGGCACGGUCCAUUGGCAUCCACGCCUGCUUCUCCCCGGUGCUCGACAUCGGCCAGGACCCGAGGUGGGGGAGGAUGCAGGAAGCAUGGGGCGAAGACAAGGUGUUGACGUCGCACAUGGGCGUCGCCUAUUCGUCUGGGCUGUCUAAAAACGGGUCCUGGUCUGAGCCGGAUGCUGUGGUGCCCGUCAUGAAGCACUUUGCCGCACAUGGCGCACCGCAGGCUGGGAGAAAUGCCGCUCCCUUCAUGGGCCAUGGGAAUCGGCAGGUCUUCCAGGACCUCCUCACUCCCUUCAAGGCCGUCGUGCAACUUGGUGGCGUCAGGGGUGUCAUGAUGUCUUACAAUGAGUUCGACGAUAUUCCUUCUCAUGUGAAUCCCAAGUUGUAUCGGGCACUCCAGGACUGGGGCUUUGACGGCUUCGUCAUCGCUGAUGAUACCGGCAUGAACGAGCUGUACAGCGUGCAUCAGGUCGCGAGCUCGCCAGCCGAUGCGAUUCUGCAGUGGUACGAGGCGGGUGGGAUGAUACAGUUCUAUGAUUGGCCUCUCGAGCUUCUCCUCAACACCACCAAAGAGCUGAUCGCUAAUGGCUCGCUCGAGCUGUCGACACUUCAAUCUCAUGUACAGUCAAUCUUGGGAGUCAAGUGGGACCUUGGUCUAUUCGAGAAUCCCUUCAUCUCAGAAGGCACCGAUCCUAUCCAGACCGUCCAGGAUAACAAGGGUCUGGCUCUGGAAGCCAGCCAGCGGAGUAUCGUUCUGCUCGAAAACAGAGACGCCACGCUCCCCCUCAAACCUGUGGAGCAAAACAUAUCCACAGUUGCCCUCAUCGGGCCCUUCUCUGAUGUGCUAAAUUAUGGCGACUACUCAGGUCAAUGGGGUGAAUACCCAGCCGACAAUGCCAACACAAUCCGUCAGGCUUUGCUGGCGUACAGCGAGAAUCCAGAACAUCCCUUCAAGCUGGUAUCGAGCUGGGGAGCCAAUACCUGGGAAUACAACGCCCAAUACGUUAUUCCUCCGUAUCUUCUUUCGUCCCCCGAUGGGACGCCUGGAGGUUUGCAGGUAACAUAUUUCGCAACCACCAACUUCAGUAACCCUACGGUUACCAGAACAGAGGUCCCUGCGUUGGACUGGGGCAUCUAUCCACCGCCGGGCCUGCCGUCCAACAAUUUCAGCGCCAUAUGGGAGGGCCGCCUGACCUCACCUGUAGAUGUCGACACGAACGGCUGGAUCGGUGUGGCAGUCGGCGCCAAUACUACAUCGAAGCUCUUCGUCAACGGAAACCCAGUUACAUCGUGGGGCAAUCCUUUGACUGCCGACAAUAACAUCCUGGGCAACAUUCAGCAGUUUGACUACAUCCAGGUGAACAGCACACUUCCACCUGAAGGCUCUGCUCCGUUUAUGUUCAGAGCGGGUGAGACUUACGAUAUUCGCAUCGAGUACCAAGCCUUCAACCUCUACAAGAAGACGGAGAAUGUGGUCUCUCUCAACUCGCAGCUCCUGCUGUUCUGGAACCUCGUCAGCAGCGACCCGGCCGACGAUGCCGUCUCCCAGGCUGUGCAGCUUGCCGAGUCCGCAGAUGUCAUCGUGCUCGCCGUGGGCGCCGCCUGGAACAGCGACGGCGAGAGUGGUGAUCGCGCCACGCUGGGCCUCGCCCCUAGCCAGGACAAACUUGCCACAGCCAUCUACGCCCUUAACAAGCCCGUCGUCCUCGUGCUGCAGGGCGGCCGACCGUUCGCCAUUGCCGAGUACUAUGAUCAGAGCGCUGCAGUCCUGAGUACCUGGUUUCCUGGGCAGAGCGGCGGACAGGCGAUCGCUGACGUCUUGUUCGGCAAGGUCAAUCCUGGGGGGAGGCUGCCCGUGAGUGUUCCACGGCAUGUCGGACAGAUACCGAUCUACUACAACUACAAGAGUUUGGGCAGGAAGAUCAAGUAUCUCGAUGUCGGGUCCCAGCCGUGCUAUCCGUUCGGGUACGGGCUUUCCUUCGCCUCGUUCAGUGUAUCCGACUUCACCGCCAGCAGCCAGGACGGAGGACUCGUAUUUACCUCUGGGGAUACCAUCGCCUUUUCAGCGAGAGUAAGGAAUGAUGGUGUCAUCGAUGGAAGCUAUGUGCUCCAAGUGUACGUCCUCGGGCGGGUCUCCAGCAUCGUGCAGCCGGUGAAGCAGCUCGUCGCGUUUCAGCGGGUUGAUGUCGCCGCGGGGGACAAGGUCAGCGUCAGCAUGGAACUUGAGGUCGACCGCUAUCUGACAAUCAUCAACCGCUGGGAUGAGUGGGUGCUGGAGAAGGGCGAGUAUACAUUUGCGUUGCUGGAGCAUGGCGGUGACUUGGCUGAUACCGGUUUGAAUGUCACGAUGGAGUCUGUCUGA